CGAGAGCCUCCCCCUCUGCAGCACCAUUUCUGCGGAGAAGCUGCACUCUAGAGGAGACGACACAUUCCAGCUCGCGUUUCCACUUGUCCAACUGAAGCCUAAAGAUGUCUACCAAGGACAAGCUGAUCAGCCAUGUGAUGAAGGAGGAGCCUGUUGGCAGCAGGAACAAGGUGACGGUGGUGGGUGUCGGCAUGGUGGGCAUGGCCUCUGCCAUGAGUAUCCUGCUCAAGGACUUGUGUGAUGAGCUGGCCCUUGUUGAUGUGAUGGAGGAAAAGUUGAAGGGUGAGGUCAUGGACCUGCAGCACGGAUCCCUCUUCCUCAAGGCACACAAGAUUGUAGCAGACAAAGACUACAGUGUGACAGCCAACUCCAAGGUGGUGGUGGUGACGGCCGGUGCCCGCCAGCAGGAGGGCGAGAGCCGUCUCAACCUGGUGCAGCGCAACGUCAACAUCUUCAAGUUCAUCAUCCCAAACAUCGUCAAGUACAGCCCCAACUGCAUCAUCAUGGUGGUUUCUAACCCAGUGGACAUCCUGACCUACGUGGCCUGGAAGCUGAGUGGUUUCCCCCGUCACCGCAUCAUCGGCUCUGGCACCAACCUGGACUCUGCCCGUUUCCGUCACCUCAUGGGAGAGAAGCUCAACAUCCACCCUUCCAGCUGCCACGGCUGGAUCAUCGGAGAGCACGGAGACUCCAGUGUGCCUGUGUGGAGCGGCGUGAAUGUUGCUGGAGUUUCUCUGCAGGGCCUCAACCCAAAGAUGGGGGCCGAGGGUGACAGUGAGAACUGGAAGGCUGUACAUAAGAUGGUGGUUGAUGGGGCCUACGAGGUCAUCAAGCUGAAGGGCUACACUUCCUGGGCCAUUGGCAUGUCUGUGGCUGACCUGGUGGAGAGCAUCAUUAAGAACCUGCACAAAGUGCACCCUGUGUCCACACUGGUCCAGGGCAUGCAUGGAGUGAAGGAUGAGGUCUUCCUGAGCAUCCCUUGUGUCCUGAGCAACAGCGGCCUGACCGAUGUGAUUCACAUGACACUGAAGCCCGAAGAAGAGAAGCAGCUGGUGACCAGCGCUGAGACCCUGUGGGGCGUGCAGAAGGAGCUCACCCUGUGAACAGCACUCCUCUGAAUUCUCCAGUCCACUCUGAACCCACGCUCUACUCUGUGUGGUUUGCUCCCUCCUACCGUACCUCCUUUAGCCCUAACUGCAACGGUUGAAUGAAACUUCUGAAUAUCUGAAAAGGCCAAGUGUUUGUAGCUAAACCGGUGGGAACUAGAUUUUCCCUUGAAAGAUAUUCACAUAUGGGUGUCAUUUUCCUUUGCUGCCUCCCCCCUGUCCUCCUCCCUCCAUGACUGAAUUCUCGGACACCCAACCCACACCUAUUAGCCUUUGAGCUCAACCUGCGUUGGAGGGAAGAUUGUCUAUUUGUUGUCCUGUCCUGAUAAAAAGGCCUUUGCAUAUUGAGCGUAUGCAUUCUAUGUACUGUAUGUUAAGUGUGCACUGUUGUUUCUUCUGUACACUCCUUGUUUGUAGUUUUAUAUUUAUUCUGUGAUUGUUGCCAGCUGUUUUUCUCCACUUGUUCAUCUCUGUUUAUCUUUUUUAUUUGGCGUAUAAUGGAGACAUUCCAUUCCCUAUGAGAAGGCCUUCGCAUCCAGCUAUAGUCAAAACUACACUACUGCAGAACACUGGGCCAAAAUUCUGAGAUACCAAAACAUUGAAUCAUUUGAGAAAGGCAAUGUUACAUUUACGGGUUGGUAUUGAAGCCUUUGUAAAGAAGCAGAACCACAAGUGCACUGACAGAAAAAAAAGAAACAAUUUCAAAGGUUUACGUCCAAGAGUAUUAAAGGGGUUGCAACAAAUGUUAUGAUUUAAAGCAGCAAAGAUAUAACAGAGAACCAGUGGGAAAUAGUCAGCUACCAUCAUGAAGGUUACAAAUCAUAACACAGGGUAAUAAUCUUGAAGGUGUUGUUUGUUAGCACACCCUAAGCACCCUCAAAGGGGUUUUUGUAUUUAUUUUACUCCAACUUGACUCUGGAAAAGACAUCAAGAGAAUAAUUAUGAUAUUUAUAGUUGUUGAUACUAUUUAUGCAUAACUGUUACAACUUUAGACAUGGUUUAAUAAUCAACUAACUCUGAGGAACUGAACCUGUCGUGGCAGCUGGAUUGUGGUUUUUAUUUUCUGUAACAUCAAAUAAAUCUGCCAGUAUAAAGAAACAUAUCUGUCCUUCAUCCUUUGUCCUCUCU